AUGGACCGACAGAAGCGAUCGGGUGAUCGGAGACGGUGGGCGCAUUCGCGUAGAGAACAACAACCUAGUGUUUGAGUCUCCCCAGGAGAUGGACUCCGGCAACUAUACGUUUAUUGUCAAUAAUACGGCCGCUGAGAAAAGACAGAGUGUUUGGAUCAUCGUCUCGGUUCCGCCAAUAAUCAGCAGAGUGCCCCAACCUUUGACCGUGGACGAGGACGGCAGUGCUUUGUUGAGCUGUCAGGUGGCGGGUACCCCGUACCCGGUCACAACGGUACUGUGGAUGAAAGACGGUAUUCCACUGCCCAUGGGGUCAAAGCAGUUUCAGAUCAACCCUAAAGAAGGGACCCUGGUGAUCCCACAAGUAAGAGCAGUAGACGCGGGAAACUACGCCUGUGUAGCCAACACGACUGGUCAUCCGGUCAAGGUCUCAAGUCCAGCAAAUCUGAAAGUUUCUAGAAAACUCAAGUUUGAUCCCAUGCCCGACAACAUCUACUACCUGGAACUAGACAAAUCCGCCAGCAUCAAGUGCCACGCCGCAGCCAUAACGCCGCCAUUGAUUCAGUGGGUCAAGCUUGGCGGAGAGAUUAAACUUCCAGACCAUAUGUACGAGGAUCGAGGCACUCUACACAUCGAGAGAGUUCGACGGGAAGACGAGGGCGAUUACAUGUGCAUGGCAUCCCAUCGGAAACAGGGGCGAAUCAAUGCAACUGUCACUUUCCGAAUUGUUGAAAAACCUAGCUUUAGCAUCCGACCACCAAACAUGACAACCGCUUUCGAAGGUCAGCCUGCGAUGCUGCACUGUGUGGCCUUGGGUGACCCUCGACCUCAGAUCGUCUGGGACAAAGAUGGCAGAAUUAUGGCGUCUACUGGCGUGGACAAUGGGUUGACUUCAACAAACAGAUACUCGGUAUUCCCAAAUGGGACACUGUUGUUGCAGAAGGUGCUGAUAGAAGACAAGGGGAGAUACGGAUGCACUGCCAACAACUCAGCUGGGAAAAUUAGAGCUGAAUUUAACCUUCUCAUUACCCAACCGAUAGAAGACGAUAAAGGCUUCGACAUGGCCAAGACUGUCAUUAUUGCCGUGUGCAGUGCUGGGGCCUACCUGGCCCUGGUGAUUGGUCUCACAGCCUACUGCAGUUAUCGGCUCCUGGCACAGAGAAAGACCAGGAAACAACUCAUUCACACCAAAAAUUUGAAGUUAGGCACAGGAGAGUUCCACCAUCACAGAGAACAGCAUGAACUGCUAAUGAAAGAUCGUGAUUCAGGUUUGCAGUUCCGCAGUGACAGCGACAACCGCUCCCAUGUGUCUGGCAUGAGUUCCCAUCCCUCACACUCCUCCACGUCAGCCUCAGCUGCUGCUUCUCAUAUCACAGCAUCGGUGAUAGCCUCAAGAUGUUGCAGCACCAGCCUGGAGAAGCUGCACUACCCUAGACAAGAUCUACAAACCUUGGGAAUUAUUGGUAAAGGCAAAUUCGGAGAUGUAUUCCUGGCAAAAGCUCGAGCGAUUCGUCCCGCAGAGCCUGAUACUUUGGUAGUCAUUAAAUCCUUGUUGAUCAAAGGGGAGACAAAUACUGCUGACUAUCACAGUGAGAUUGAAAUGUACAGCAAACUGGAACACCCCAACAUUGUCAGGUUGUUAGGCGUUUGCAGGGAAGCUGAGCCUUUCUUUAUGAUUACUGAAUAUUGUGAUUGGGGAGAUCUCAAACAGUUUCUGCUGGCUACCAGAAGUGACAAUGGCCGGCGAGCAACAACUGCCAGAGUCCCCCAGAUUUCCUCCAUCCAGAAGUUAAAGAUGUGUCAACAAGUGGCACUUGGCAUGGAAUAUUUAUCUGGCUACAAGUUCAUCCAUAAAGAUCUAGCAGCUAGAAAUAUCCUCCUGACUUCUCGCAUGGAUCUAAAGGUAUGCAGCUUAUCACUUUGCAGAGACGUCUACUCAGGAGAAUAUUACACACAUCCAACUAGGCCAGCUCUGAUCCCCUUGCGAUGGCUACCUCCAGAGGCAGUCAACGAAGCUGACUACACCUUCAGCACUGAUAUCUGGUCCUACGGAGUCUUCAUGUGGGAGGUGUUCCACCUGUGUGACCUACCGUACCGUCUGCACAGCGAUGAUGAAAUAUUCAAGGCUAUAAAUAGUGUCAGCACUACCGAUAAUUCUCUCCCACGUUUAGACUUUGCAGAACAAUGUCCCAGUCAGAUUGCCAGCAUUGUGAUGCAGUGCUGUGCUAUGCCUCCGACAAAUCGACCAACUUUCUCAGAUUUAGUUGUCACUUUAGGACACCUAUUGACCAACGGUGAUUGCAUUUAA